AUGCGGGGAGUGCGGCCCCUCAGCCCAGGCGCCAACGCGGAACCCUGCUCGACACCGCAGCCACAAGAACCCAGCCCUGACCAGCGACGUGACCUCGAAGAGCCCCCGGCGACACCCGGCCUGGAAGAGCCCGCAGGGUCCGCCAGCGAUGUGCCCACUUCCGUGGUGUACCUGGCCACCGGCUCUGCCGUGCAACUGCAGGUGGAUGACGUCGACCUACUGCUGGAGUCGAAUCUCACCUCGGUCUUGGAAGUGGAGCUCCCUGAACACACCAUCAUCCUGGUGCCCGAGGACCUCCAGGCUCCAGACCAUCUUGGACAGCCUGGGUCCUUGUCCGCCAGCCCGCAGUGGGGCGCUGGCCUGGAAAUGCCAGAGGAUGACCUGCUAGUCCUCCAGCCGGGAUCCUCCUGUCAGUUCAUUCUAGAAAGUUCCUACCAAGAGGAAUUUUUUGAUGAGGAUGAAGACUCUGGCCCCCUGUCACCCUGGAUGGAUCCUCCAGCUGGUCAGGCGCUGAGUAGCCCAGGCUUGUCCGGAAGCUAA